CUUUCCCAAGGCUAUACAACUGGUAAUGGUGGAUCUGGGAAUUGAGUGCUGGUCUGUGAAAAUCCAAAGGUUAUCUUCUUAAUCCCAGUACAGCCUCACAGGAUCCCAAGCCCAUGAGUGGGACAAACCAGUCGAGUGUCUCCGAGUUCCUCCUCCUGGGACUCUCCAGGCAGCCCCAGCAGCAGCAUCUCCUCUUCGCGCUCUUCCUCAGCAUGUACCUGGCCACCAUCCUGGGGAACCUGCUCAUCAUCCUGGCCGUCAGCGCAGACUCCCGCCUGCACACUCCCAUGUACUUCUUCCUCAGCAACCUGUCCUUUGUGGACAUCUGCUUCUCUUCCACCACCAUUCCCAAGAUGCUGGCCAAUCACAUACUCGGGACUCAGACCAUCUCCUUCUGUGGCUGUCUCACACAGAUGUAUUUCGUUUUCAUGUUCGUGGACAUGGACAAUUUUCUCCUAGCUGUGAUGGCCUAUGACUGCUUUGUUGCCGUGUGCCACCCCUUACACUACACAGCAAAGAUGACCCAUCAGCUCUGUGCCCUGCUGGUUGCUGGAUCGUGGGUGGUUGCCAACCUGAAUGUCCUUCUGCACACCCUGCUGAUGGCUCGACUCUCAUUCUGUGCAGACAAUGCCAUCCCUCAUUUCUUCUGUGACGUGACUCCCCUACUAAAACUCUCCUGCUCAGACACACACCUCAAUGAGGUCAUAAUCCUUAGUGAGGGUGCCCUGGUCAUGAUCACCCCAUUUCUUUGCAUCCUGGCUUCCUAUAUGCACAUCACCUGCACUGUCCUGAGGGUCCCAUCCACAAAGGGAAGGUGGAAAGCCUUCUCCACCUGUGGUUCUCACCUGGCUGUGGUUCUCCUGUUCUAUGGCACCAUCAUUGCUUUGUAUUUUAACCCUCUGUCCUCCCACUCAGCUGAGAAAGACACUACAGCUACUGUGUUGUAUACAGUGGUGACUCCCAUGCUAAACCCUUUCAUCUACAGCCUGAGGAACAGGUACUUGAAAGGGGCUCUGAGAAAAGUAGUUGGCAGGGUGGUGUUUUCUGUCUGAUGAAAUAACCAAGACUGAAUCUCAUUCCCAAGGAAAUUUAUUUUUCACCAAUUGAGUUUAAUGCAGUAGUUG